AAUAGUGGAUAAACUUUCAUUAAAUAAAAUAAUAAAGUGAAUUCAAUGUAUUCGAAUAAAAUUAAAACUGCGUAGUUGAUAGCUUAUUCUCUUUACCCUUUAAACUACAAUUGAAGAUUAAACGUGGAUAAUCUUACUCUUUUAAUCAACCAAGAAAGGGAUUUUAAUUUCUGCGUCAUAUAAACGUCAAUCCUGUCAGUCCCUUUCAAAGGUGCAUAAGUCACUGCGACUAUUCCAGGAGUGAAUGAAUUUAACAGAGACAAUAUAAAGUUCCACCCUAUUGUCUCUUCUAUUUGUUUUAUACUUGUCCUAGCCAAAGAAAAGCUUUCAGCGUUGACGUCAUGAUCUUAUUCAAGAUAAGCCUCGGUGAAUGAUUUACGCACGGGAUAUAAAGAGCGGCACCAGACAGAACUAGAAGUCCUGAUAUUGACAGACUAGUAGCAAAGUUUGAGUGGACAAAAAGUUAUGAUCCGUUCACGUUCAGCAAUCGCUGAUUUUCAAGAAGUUACUCCUUCAGAGAUAACAGCAAUUUUUGAUAACCACACGUUUCGAUGAGGUCUGUGAAGGCAUUCUAUUAAAAAAAGGCAUCGUUUACUGAAGGGAGAAACUUACCAGUAAAGAGAACAUAAGACAAUUGAAGAUAUUGCAUGGGUUUACAGAAAUGAAGACAUGAAUAUAAAUUACCUUGAUAGAAAGUUAAAAGAACCCACCAUGGGUUUGCUAAGUGUAGACGUGCUGGUAAGGCUACAGAUUUUGCCAGGGUUCUUCUCCAAUUGCCUGUUCCUGGCGCUGUAUGAUUCAGUGGUCCUGGUGAAGCGGGUGGUGUCACUCCUGAGCCGCUCUGGUGCUGGUGGUGAAUGGCAGCGCAUGUUAACAUCAGCUGGGCUGCGGUCUGUGUGGAACAGCUUUCUUCUCGAUGCGUAUAAACAGGUGAAGCUGGGUGGUGAGGCGCCCAAUUCCAAGGUGGUUAGAGUAUCGGGUGCAAGCAGCAGAAGGAAAAGCUUUAGCGGUAAGAGCGGAAUGGAAUGCCAGCUGCUGGAUUUUGAGUCUUCUGACCGUCCUUUGGUUGUCAACUUUGGCUCUGCCACCUGACCCCCAUUCAUCAGCCACCUGCCUGCGUUUAGGCAGCUGGUUGAAGAGUUCUCUGAUGUGGCUGACUUCCUGUUAGUCUAUAUCGAUGAGGCUCACCCAACAGAUGGCUGGGCAGUUCCAGGGAUGGGGUUCAAUUCUUUUGAGGUAAGGAAGCACAGGAGCCUGGAAGAGCGUUGCCUGGCUGCCCACAACCUGCUGGAACGCUUCUCUUUACCACCUCAGUGCCAGCUGGUGGCGGACUGCAUGGACAACAACACUAAUGUGGCUUAUGGCGUCUCAUUUGAAAGAGUGUGCAUUGUGCAUAAACAGAAAAUUGCCUAUCUGGGUGGGAAAGGACCAUUUUUUUACAAUCUUAAAAAAGUAAGGCAUUGGCUUGAGCAGAACUAUGGGAAGCGAUAAAAAAAUUGACAUAUUUCUAGACACAAAAGGAGAAAAAGGAAGUGAGUAAAUGUAAAACCCAGAAGCGAAGGUGUAAAGAUGGUUCAAACCAAACAAUUCUCAGAACUUAAAUGCUGUAAACUGACAAUAUCAGUUACUAUUUAACAAGGUCUGGCUGAUUACAUAGGAUUGAACUUGUGGAACCGAUCAGAAUGUCAUGUUUAAAAUUUAAAAAAAAAUGCUGUAAAAUUUAAGAAGCAAUAAAGCAAAGCACACCAAAUAGACAAUUUAAAUGUUUUGAUAACAACAACAACACAUAUAUUUUAACAAAAACAGAAAUGAGAGCAUUUGAAACCAACUUUUAUAAGUUUAAUUUAUUUUUAUGAGAUGAAAAGUUUAUAUAUUUUUGUGUCAUUUUUACAUUGUUGUGAUAUAUGUAGUGGUUAUGUGCACCAUGUAUUACAUCUAUCUUGUAUUACAUUUAUUUAAAAAUUAAAUAAUUUCUUAUCUAAAUUCAAUAAUAUAGGUACACAAACUUUGUAGUACUGUUUUAAGAUGCUUUUUUGCACAUGAUACAUCUGUUUUGAUAAUAUGAUCUCCCAACAUACCAGCAAAAUAGUUCUAAAGAUCACCUUCGAUAUUAAUAAACCAUUGUUUUUAUUGAUUAACACGCAACAAUUCUAUUUACAAUUUAUGUCAUGAGGCCAGGAGAAGUAUUUUUGGGAUUAGCAAAAAUGCACAGCGGGUACUGAAAUUACUGAAUUAAACUGGUAAUGUUUGUAAUUAGUUACAGAGCUACUAUGUGCAAAAGUAAGCAUGUUUUUAAGGUGCUGAAGCAGAAAAGCUACACAUUGCUUUUAGUGUUGGUCCCACAUCUACAGACAAGGGUUUGUUUUGGGAUAUUGGUGUGUGGAUGAAGAUCACUCACGAAAGGGUCCUACAGCUCUGUCAGUGAUUCGAUGUAAUCACACCUUUUCUCUUAACAUGAAUUCAUGUCUGUUUUUGUGCCAAUAUAAAGAAUGUAUGGCUACUGAUUUAACUGAAUUUAAAAAUAUGUAAUGUAAUGUUGUGUACAGUGCUGCUUAUUAUUUAAAUAAAACUUUGUUGUUCAGUUUUUUUUUUUUUACUAAAUAUUAUUUUAUCACACAGAUGCUUAACCUUGUUACUGCUCAGUCAAAUUGUCAUCUGACUGUACCAUAUUUUCUGGUCCUUUCUUAUAUGUAAUUGCUGAUUGACCAGAUUAUGUAAUCGCCCUCAACUUUCAAUCAUCACUGCAUGUUCUCCUAGGGGAGAAGCAGAAGUGUGUGUAUGCAGUAUGUGGGUGUGUAAAAAAAACAGUCAGGUUACACCAGUCCCUUUCCUGAGGUGUGAGGGGACAAGUGUCCCUACCUAAUUAUAUUUGUGGAACAUUAAAUGUAACUUUCAUUCAGGGGAAAGACACAGAGCAGCACAAACUAGAAAAACAACUUGGAUACGUGUGCUGGGAAAACUUCUAA